AUGCCAGAGGGCCCGUCGGUGAAGAAGUUCCAGCUGCUGACCUCCCCUUUUGUGGGACAAGUAGUGACCAAGGUGGGGGGAAGCAGCCGGAAGAUCAACGUAAAUGAACUGAAAGCGCUGAGGCUCGAGGAUUCUCGGGUUCAUGGGAAGAACUUGUUCCUGGCAUUUGUGGCAGCUGGAGGUUUGCUAGGACCAACUGCAGAAGAGCUAGCAUUACCAAGAGAGGCUUGUAGUGAGACAAGUUCUCCUGCUCAAGAGAGGCAAGAGCAGGUUUAUGCUCCGCAGAUAGGCCUCUCAGAAGAGGAGUUUCAGGAGGUACCACACUCCAGAUCUGAUGGCCCAGAUGCAGGGGGCUCGGGCAAUUGGCUGCGUGUCCAUUUUGGCUUGUUUGGCAGCAUUCGGGCAAAUGAAUUCUCAAGAGCAAACAAAGCCAAUAAGAGAGGGGACUGGAAGGACCCUAUACCCAGGCUGAUUCUGCACUUUGAGAGCGGGGGCUUCCUUGUUUUCUACAAUUGCCGAAUGCACUGGUGCUCUUCUCCAAUGGCUGAUCCUGCUUCUGACAUCCUGUCUGUGGAGUUCCACCGUGGUCGGGCACUGGAUGCCCUCAGGACAGCUAAUCCUGUCUGCUACACCCUCUUAGAUCAGAGAUAUUUUUCAGGGCUGGGGAACAUCAUUAAGAAUGAAAUUUUGUACCUGGCAAAGAUUCAUCCAUUAACACAAGGCUCUCUCUUGGCACUCUCGGAUUUGGAGCGUCUGCUUGACUAUGCCAUUCAGUUCAGCUCUGACUGGUUGCAGAGCAAGCUGCAUGGAAAAGGGUUGCACCCUCAGAUCUAUCAGAAGGAGCAGUGUCCCCUCGGGCAUGCAGUGAUGAAGGAAACCCUUGGACCCUUGUGUGGCUUCAAAAGACUGACUUGGUGGUGUCCUCAGUGCCAGCCUGCAAUGCCCUCAGGGAGUGGGGAAGCUUCCCUAGUCACCAAGUGA